AGAGAAUCUUAAACCAUGGCAAGAACUAAGCAGACCGCUCGUAAGUCCACCGGAGGCAAAGCCCCCAGGAAGCAGCUGGCCACCAAGGCUGCCCGUAAGAGUGCCCCUGCCACCGGCGGCGUCAAGAAGCCUCAUCGUUACAGGCCCGGUACCGUGGCUCUCAGAGAGAUCCGUCGUUACCAGAAAUCCACCGAGCUGCUCAUCCGCAAGCUGCCCUUCCAGCGUCUGGUCCGUGAGAUCGCUCAGGACUUCAAGACCGAUCUGCGCUUCCAGAGCUCCGCUGUCAUGGCUCUGCAGGAGGCCAGCGAGGCUUACCUGGUCGGUCUCUUCGAGGACACCAAUCUGUGCGCCAUCCACGCCAAGAGGGUCACCAUCAUGCCCAAAGACAUCCAGCUGGCCAGAAGGAUCCGCGGAGAGAGAGCUUAAUCUGUCUACUGCUCCAAAACACCCACAACGGCUCUUUUAAGAGCCACCACAUUUUACUCAAGAGAUAUUCCUCUACUGUUUGUUGAAUUUAUAAUAAUGAUGAGUUUAUUAUUUCAUUCUAGUCCCAUGUUGUCAACUAUUUCUCUCAUACAGUACUGCAACCUCAAUAAUAUUACAAUGUAGUCAUACAUACAGGUAUAUAGAAACCAUAGAUAUAGAGCACAGACAUAUUACAAAGUUAUUACCAUAAUACACACUAAAUUAAUGCUACAUUUAAUUUGUUCUCCACUGAAUUAUAUUAGAAUUUGAGGAGUUAUUCAAAUUAAUCACCAGAGUACA